AUGAGUUUCUUAAUUUUUAGAACAAAGAAGUUGAAAUCUUUCGGUGAGAUCUCAAGUUCGCUUUCUCACAAUUAUCGCACACGAGAAACGCCGAAUGCCAAUCCUCAAGAAACGCCAAAAAAUGAGCAUUCUCAUCAAUCAGCAGACGAUGUGUUAUGUGGAAUCAAAGAUCGUAUCCCACAAAAGGUGCGUAAGAAUGGUGUCUUAUGUAUUGAAACGUUAAUGACAGCUUCUCCAGAAUGGCAAGGUUGGCAUAAUGCGAGUAAAGAAGCAGCAUUAUUUGAGAAGUCUAAAGCGUGGUUGGUUGAAAAGUUUGGUGCAGAGAAUGUGAUUGCAACCAGUAUUCACCGGGAUGAAACAACACCGCAUCUCGUGGCCUAUAUUGUGCCAUUAGAUCCUCAGACUAAUAAAUUAAAUGCAAGGAAGUGGUUAGGCGGCCGUACAAAGUUAUCUCAACUGCAAACGGAUUAUCAUCAAGCCGUCACGCAACAUGAUCAAGAUUUUGGCUUAAGACGAGGAAUUGUGGGUUCAAAAGCCAAGCAUACAACCAUUCAGCAGUUUUAUUCUCAGAUCCAAGCACCUAUCGUACCGAAUCAAGCAUUUGAGCAUGUACAAACACAGAUUCAGCCAAUUUCUACACCCGUACUAGCCAAACCGUUAGACAGUCAGCUCAGUGAACCAGCGUGGAUAGCAUCUGUAAUUUAUAAAGAUGUCGCUUCACAGGUAGAUGUGAUCAGUGCCCAGUAUCAACAAGCAAUGCAAGAUAUGCAAAAUGCUUAUGCACAUCAAUUGAAAGUCACCCGUAUAGAAGCAGAUAAAGAACGAGAUGCCCAUCAUCGUGCAAUUCGAGUGAUUGAAGAUGAAAAGUUAAAAGUUGAAGCGUUACAAAAAGAGCUCAAGGUCUUUCGCGAGUAUCAGAGGUUUUUCCCACAAGAGUAUGCUCAACUUGAGGCGCAUAUCCAACUUAAAUUACAAGAACAUCAAAAAGUAUUAGAUCGCCAACAUAGUUCUUCUACAAAAUCUGAUCUAGAUCAUUCAUUAACCAUGCAUCAAAAGCAAUUAAAACAGACAGAGGAUCAACGUAUAGCGUCUGUCAGACAACGCUUUGAACAUAAUAUUGAACAGGCGAAUAAUCUCGCUGAAAAGGAAGUCUAUACACAGAAUUAUGACAACUGGCAGAACAACCGAUCAUUAGAUGUAAAGCAAGUGUUUAAAGAAAUCUCUGAAACGUAUAAAAGUACUCCUUUUUACGUGCUGCUUAAACAAUUGGUUGUCAACCAUUGUCAUGAAGCUUUCUUAGAUGAACAAACCGAGGCACUACAAACCUUUAAACCUGAACAGGUAUUUGCACGAGUCCGUAAUCACGUUGCUGAGAAUAUCAAGAUGUGUCGUCUUGCAGAACAGUAUUUAUAUCAAAGGCAGUUUGAAUUACCGCCUGAGCAUACAGAAUUAAAUAAAAAGAUAGAGACCUUACGCACCUGCGUUAUUCAAACUGAAGAGAUGCUCAGAGAAAAGAGCUUUGCUCAAGAU